AUGGUCAACGACAUUGAUUUGGAAGUCAAUGAUUGUAAUAGUUAUCAUGACAAUCCAAAGAAAAUACAAAAUCCAUGGGUAGCAGCAACUAAAUUAUUUGAAAGGAUACACAUAGAUUAUGCGGGUCCAUUUUUUACAAAGAAUUGGUUGAUAAUCGUUGAUGCUUACAGUAAAUUUCCGGUUAUAGUUCCGGUAAAGAGUAUUACGACUGAAUUCACGUUAAAGGAAAUUUAUAAAACUAUUUCACUAUUUGGUAUACCUGAAACCAUUGUUACAGAUAAUGAUACCAAUUUCACGAGCAAAGAUUUUGAAAAAUUUUGCAGCAAUUAUGGUAUAAAACAUGUACUAACGUCGGCCUACCAUCAGCAAUCUAAUGGACAAGCUGAACGUAUGGUGAGAACAUUUAAAGCUCACAUGAAAAGAAACAUAAAGAUUGACUUAGAAACUUCGCUGGACAGAUUUUUGUUCAACUAUAGAAACACGCCGAAUGACACUACGGGAGUUACACCGUCCAAGAGAAUGUUUAACCGCGACAUUAGAAUAAAGAAGGAAGAAAGGGAAAAGAAGGAAAGAAAAGGAAAAGAAAGGAAAGGAAAAGGGAAAGAGGAAGGAAAGAAAAGGAAAGAAGGAAAGGAAAUAGAAAUAGAAAGAAAAGAAAUAGAAAUAAACAGGAGAAGUGAAAAGAAUGGGAAAGGGAAAGGAAUGGGAAAAGAAAAAGAUAAGGGGGAAAAAAAGGGAAAGGAAAAGAAAAAUGAGAAGGAAAAGAAAAAGGAUCAGGAAAGAAGUGAAUGAAAAAGGGGAUGAAAAAAUGAAAGGAGAAGGGAAAGAGGCAAGAGGAAAAAAUCAGAAGGGAAAGGUAAAGAAAAAAAGGAGAAAAAAAAAAAAAGGAAAAGGGAAAGAAAAAGGAAAAAUGAAAUGGAAAAGAAAGGAAAAGAGAAGAAAGGGGAAGGUUAUAAAGGAGAAAUGAAAAGGGAAAUGAGUAUGGAAAUACCAUACCUGCAAAUGCCUUUAUACAAAUCCAAGAAUCAUCUGAAUAAUAAUCUUCUAUUUCUCUGCUUUGCUUAUAUAAUGAACACAUACAACCAUUAA